UCCCAGUGAGGUCAAACUUCAUCAGUUUGCCUUUCAAAAUGGCGGCUGAGCCAACACGAGAAUGGUCCGAUGAGCACCUCAAUAGUGAUGAUCUGCCCAAAAAAGACAUUAUAAAAUUCAUUCAAGACAAUGCAGCUCACUCGUUUCUCGCCGAGCACAAACUGAUGGGAAACAUAAAAAAUGUCGCCAAAACAGCCAAAAAAGAACAACUUAUAAUCGCUUACAGUCAGCUGUUCGAGAGCAAAAGGUUUAAAGGCACAGAACCCGUUGAAGAAGUGACUGAGCAGGUUAAAACUGUGAAGAUUGAAGACAAGGCCAAAGAAAUUAAAACAGAAGUUGUGGAUGAGGGUCCGCCCAAGUUUACCAAGUCGGUCCUGAAGAAAGGAGACAAGACUAACUUUCCAAAGAAAGGUGACACUGUGAGCUGCUGGUACACUGGAACCUUGGAAGAUGGAACAGUCUUUGACACCAAUAUUCCCUCAACUGCCAGAAAGAAGAAGCAAACGAAACCAUUGAGCUUCAAGGUUGGCUUGGGCAAAGUCAUUAGAGGAUGGGAUGAGGCCCUGCUAACGAUGAGCAAGGGUGAAACGGCCAGAGUGGAGAUUGAGCCAGAAUGGGCCUAUGGAAAGAAGGGUCUUCCUGACUCAAAAAUCCCACCUAAUGCAAAGCUAAUUUUUGAAGUUGAGCUGGUGGCUUUGGACUAACGGAUGAACCUUGGCCAGCAUGCACUAAAUCUAAAGGAUGUAAAAAAAGAAAAAGCAUGUCACUAAAUGGCCAUGCUUUACAAAUUCUAAGUUACAAUAACAUUUGGAUUAUAUUGUGCCUGGUUUGUCUUGACCUUGUCUCAUUUAUCAUUAUGUCACAUAUGACAACUUGGUUUAAUAUGAAACGGUGAUCAGUUGUUAUAGCAUUUUGAAUUUAAGGUGCUAUAGUUGUCCUUUCUAGCAUGGCCAAAAUGUGAUGACUUGUCAAUAUUGUACAUAUUGAGCACCCUGAUAGGAUUAAUUUGUUUCCUUCUGUUCUUUUGCAUGUGGAUUGUAAAGGAUAAAUAAACCAGUUUUUGACACUGAAGUUAAAUGUUAGUGUGAAUAAAAACAGCAUGUUACAGGUGAUAUAAUUCAUAAAAAAAGCCAUCACUGUCAUUGAAACUCCUAUAUACAAUGAGUAGUUUGAGAUACUCAUGUUUCAAUGCUAUUUUCAAGGUUUACCACAUUAUCAUUUAUAACAAGCGAUUUCAGAACUGUUCCGUAAUGCUUAGAAUAUUGCUUGCAUGAAGGGAACUAUACUAGUCUGUCAGGUUCAUGGUCACCAGUUACUUGGGCAUACUCAGUAAGUUCACCUAUCUUGUUCACUUGAAUUGUCAUUUCAAUAUCUCUCUGACAUCAGAUUUGUCUGUUACAGGAUAUAGCUCACCAUUAUUUACAUAAAGUUUCCUGCCCUUACAAAA